AUGGGCUGUGGCACAUUUUCCAAAAAUUUGGUAGAGGACAGGCACACCCCAAUAAUUAGUAACAAAAAGUCAUCAUCAACGGCGGAUAUUCCACCAACAACAACAACAAAUAAUCCUUCAGAAACAUCAGGUUCAGUCGAUAUAUCGAAUAGAAGAGUGUCCAAACAAUCUUCAGUGAGAGCAAGUAAGGCUUCUACACUAGCCGAACAACUUUCUUCUCAGCAACAACAUCAAUCACACCAAGAAGAAGAAUAUUCUUUCGCGGACCACCAAGAAGAGGCUUAUGCUUUUAUUCCGUGGCCAGAAGAUAUAAUGAUCAGUCUCGCUACUAAGGGAUCUAAAUUUGAAUUAAGAGAAGUAUCACUUCUUCUACCAUCGGAUGAAUUAAAUCAAAAACCUCUUCUUAAAUAUGUAAAGGAUAAGAGAAAUAAUUGUCAACAAAAUAUAAUAGAUUGCAUGUAUACAAUCAUGAGUAGGGUUCUAAACUUUGGAACCAAUUUACCUUUUCCUGUAAAUACUGAAAACCAAUUUGAUCUUGCCGUUGAUUUCAUUGCUAAUGGCUGUCCAAUUGGAAAACAACAAUUUACCUUCUUUUCUCAUAAAGAAAUCCUCCUACACAGAAGUGCGUUCUUCAAAGGAGAGUUAUCAAAAGAUAACGGAGCAGUAGAUUCACUAAAAAGAACCCUUAGUAGUGCUCAUGACCUUAGAAAAUCGAUGGUAAAGGCAGAAUUCGCUGAUAGAAGAAACACAGCAGGUGAUCCAUCACAGCUAAAACGAACGUCGAGUCAUAUAACAUCUCAAGGUCCUAGAUCGAGUCUACCUCCAAUGCCCUUACAAAAACGACCUUUUAAUACAACAAGCUCUUCCAACCUCCUUCAGGGUAUGGGUGAUCUAAGCAAAUCUGGAUCUUCAUCUUCGAUAACAAGCGUUGAAGAGGGAGGUAAUUCAGAGAAGGAAGAAUUAUUCUCCUCACAAGGUAGUUUAUCAACACUUUUACUAACAGAAGAUUCUAGGAAAAAAGGACAACGAAAGCCAAACAACCAAAAUUUAGCAGUCUCCAUUUCUAAGCAAACAAAAGCAAAUCUACAGCCAAAAUCAUUACAAGAAAAUUUCAUUUCUCUAUCACAAGAAAAAAGAACAUUCCUUAAGGAUCUAGAUUUUAUGUUUGUACAUAGUAAUAUGAAGAAGAACCAUAUGGACUUCAGUGACAUGAAGUUAACAAUACAGGUUGAAGAAAAAAAGGAAGAAGAGGAAAAAGAAGAUGAAUCCCCCAAGAGGUCGUCGUCUUUCAGGGAUACUUAUGAAGAAGAUGUUCAACCACUAAUAAGUCAAAGAAAGAAGAGGACGAGCAAACUUCAGGACAGUGUCGAUAAGAGUCAAACUAAGAAAAUAUUUAUUCACAACUUUAUACUGAAAUCAAGAACAGAUAUUACAAAUCCUGAAAUAUUUAAUCUAUACAGCACAAAUGUUGAUGUUGUGAAGACUUUUAUUCAUUACCUGUAUACAGAUACUAUACACAGUGAUACAUACAAUGUGAGUAAGAAGAAGAUAAUACCUCUUGCUGCUUUGUUCAAGAUUGAUAGACUGAAAUAUGAAUGUUUGGCUCAUGCUAUUUUCAAUUUAUCGGAUGAAAACAUUCUCAGGAAGUUUAAGAAAGCUCAAGAUGCUAAGGAGACUGUUCUUGCCCAAGCAAUUUUCUACACAAUGUCACACAUGUAUCCUAAACUAGUCCAAAAGAACUAUGAGGAAGGAACGCCAGAAUAUAAUAUUCUCUUCUCAAUAGAUGAAAAGCUUAGGCAUUUAUAUCAGAGAAUGAGUGGGCAAUUCCUUAUUAGAAGAAGAAUAUUUACAGAAAGUAGGUUGGCGGAGAUAAUACCGAGAGCUGAUGUUUCUAAACUUUCUCCUUCUCAAAAAUCUCCAAACCACAAGAUUAAUGUUCAAAUAUGUGGCCUUCACGGCUCUGGUCUUAGUACCUUCGUAAAUCAAGCCAAACCUCUCAUCUCUGAACUUCAUUCAUUUGAAGGAGUUGACAAUAUUGAACUCAAUAUUUCUUCCAUGUACAUAUCAGACAGACCAUUUACUGCAAAUUCUUUAAAGUCAACAGACGGUGUAAUUUUUAUAUUUUCCAUUGAUUCAGUAGAUUCCUACCAAACAAUGAGAGCUAAGUAUGACGACUUUAGAUUCUAUUCCAAAGUUCCAGCUGUAAUAAUAGGAAACAAAUGCGAUUUGAUACUUUGUAAUUUUGAAACAGAGGACAAGAUUGUUGAUUCAGACAGAAUAGUGAAAGAAGUAACUGAAGAUAUGGCUUGCCCAUAUCUUGAAAUGUCUUCUAAAAAUUCAAGUGAUGUUAAAAGAUCGCUUGAGGAAUGCAUAAGAGAAGUGUUGUUUUAUAGACAUAUCACUUCAAAGAUACCAAGUCAUUUCUUAAAUACUAUUGCUAGGGAUCAACAAGGAUUGGAAUCAUCAAGUAACAUUUCAGAGGAAUAA